AUGCAGAUCAAACUUCUACUCCCCACAGUCCUCAUCAGUUUGACCGCCGCGACACUGUGCUCGGCAGCCGCAAUCGACCGUGACCCUCUUGCUGCAACACGGCGACUCAAGCCCGUCGUGGGUAAUGUCACAACUUCAGAUGGAACUGUCCUUUCCUACCGAUUCUUCAAUCAUACCCAGCCUGCCUAUGCCAAUGCCACCCCUGUCAUCUUUGUUGGCGGAACUGGACAAGUGCAGACUGACUGGGACACCGUCAUCCCCCACUUUACCAAGAAACACCCAGUCCUGGCGUUCGAUAACAGAGGAAUUGGCUUGUCAACUGUCACGAACGACUCGCUGGUCACCCGGCAGAACAUGGGCGACGAUAUCCAUGAGCUCACCAAGCACUUUGGAUGGACCCACAUCAAUCUCGUCGGCAUCUCCAUGGGCGCCAUCGUCUCCAACACCUUGUAA